AUGGCUCCUCCUGGAUUAAGCAACAUGAAAGCAGUGUACUUCAUCUUCUUUGGCUUUCUUUUCCAUCUUUCAGGAGCCUUGUACAAACAAUGGGUUCCUGACACCAACUUUAACAAUAUUACAAACUGGGACAAGGGGAGAAUUCCUUGUAAGAAUGACAGAGUCUUAUUUCCUCAAGAUAAGAGUUUAAGCAUUUUCGUGCAAUCACCACUUGAAUUGAUGGAAAUGUACUUACCUCUUGAUGGAGAGUUCAUCCUCGGUCAUGAAGCUGGAUUGGGUGCCAGCGAUGGUCAGAGUGUACUGGGAUGUGAAAGAGGUGAGGAUAUCACUUUCAAAGACCCUAACCAGUAUAAAUGGUAUAAUCCCAAGUAUUGGCAGGUUUUAUCAAUGAGUGACCUGGAAAAUGAGAAAUACCUAUUCACCUUGGAUGAAGAAAGUGUUCCCUGCCAACAUGAUGAUGUCAUUUUUCGACCUGAAACAUCUUUCCGUGUGGACCUGGACAGUGAUAUACAAAAUGUCAAUGUUAAAACCAUUUCUUUAAUGAAUAAGACGUUUACAAGCAAUGAAGUAUUUGCUGAGUACAUGUGGUCAAAUACUGGAAAAUUACAGUUCCAAGGAAAUGGCUCGAUCACUGUGACCAAUGCCAAGUGUAAGGAUAAAUCUGGCUGUGAUUGUGGUAACUUUGGUAACCUCAGAAGAAUUUGCUCUAAUUUGCAAAAAGAAGCAGGAAGCCAAUGUUCAGAGCUUACUUGCACAAAUCCCCUGAAGCCUCAAGGUCACUGCUGUAACAUAUGUGGUGCCAUUAUUUAUCUAGAAUAUGGUCCAGAAUUUGACCAAGAAUCAUACCGGGCCCAUCUCAUUGACUCGUUCCUUGGCUUGGACAAAUACCAAGGUGUGCAGAUAUCUGUGACAAAAGUUUACAAGAAGCAGCCUACAAAGAAAACCCUCCUGGUCGAUGCUGCUCCGCAUAUCCAGAUUGUAUUAAUUGAUAAUGAGACUGAGUUGGCAACAAGAACACUUGCAGCUGCACUGGCACUAGAUAUUAUGGAGGAUAUCAUUUCCCGAGGUAACUACAUAUCCACCUCUGAUUAA